CUCAAAGACGAUAGCGCGAGCUGAUGAAUUUAUUCUUCAUUGUUUCUCGGUAGCAGCAAAGUUUGGAUUCCUAAAAAGCCUCGAAUACAGGGCCCUCGCUGUUUCGUUCCGAAAUCCGACGGUGACCGGUUACACACCGCGUAGCAAACAACCUCCACUCGUCUCUCUCGCUCUCUAUUCAAAUCACAAUCCACAAACUCUAUCUUAGCCAACUGCUGCAUUUUGAAGAGGGCAUAGUCUUCUAAAAUUUGAAGUCAUUUUUGGGAAACAUAUCUUGGAUGCAGUGCUCCUAUCAAUUUGGAUUGAUGCUGAGGAAAAGAUAUUGCAAUCUUUCUCCAUUUGUUGGCUAAAUAGAUAAUGGAACAAUAAGCACUUGGAUAUUGCAUGAACCAGAAAGCUAAAUCACUGUUGUUAUACAAAAUGGAGAAUGGGAAAAUCAUUGAUCCUUCUAUAAUACAAGAUGGUUCCAUGACAAAGACUCAUGAUGAAGAAGAGCUCUCCAAAAGCCUUAAUGACACUACUAAACGACUGAAGAACCGUGAACGGCAACGUAGAUACAGGGCCCGAAAACGCCGUGAAGCAGAUACAAAGAAGGCCUCUGUGACAAACCAACCAACACCACCACGAGUAGAAGUGGAACUGAAUGGGCAUCAUAAUAAUAACAUAACCCCUAAUCCUUGUAAAAGAAAUUGGAAAAAAGAUGCAAGAAGAGCUCAUGCAUGUAAGAAUCUGGAAGAAACACAUUACGCUGCUGUUAUUACUGCAUUGCCCUUUAAUAUUAAAAGCCAGACUGUCUGCUCAGCCCCUGGAAUAAUGACAGGGCCAUCACAAGAGAGGGAAACUCAUUCCAAGAAUUCUGUUAGCUUGUGGAUUAGUGAAACAGAUAAGACCAAGUUUGGUCGAAGAGAUUGGAAGGCAGAGGCAAGAAGUAAUAAAAAGUAGUAGUGGUUGUUGGGUUUAAUGAAUUUGCAGAGACAUCUUGAUCAGCAGAUAAUGAUUGUGGAGAAUAGUGAAUUCUGUUGGCCCCACUAAUUUAUACUAGCGUGGGUAGUGCACAUUGUUUGAACAUGGGGUAGAAUGUUUUACUUUUUUUCCAUUUGGUAACUUUUGCAGCUUCUGCUACAGAUAGGAUGGGAGGGCAUCAGGGAUACAGUCAAUUAAGUUUUAACAAUUGCGUACCAUCAGUUUUGUUGCAGGAAGAAUAUGAAAUAUCAGAAGCUUAGCCAUGAAUCUUGCCUUAAUUUGAAGGUCAGGUCAGUGUUCAGGAAUGAUUGUAAUAUAUGAUCACUCUAAUGUAAAGUGCAUAUCAUUGUGUAUAAAGUUUGAGAUUGCUAUA